AUGGCUCAGCAGGAAUACAAGCUUCUUAGCGAUGCCUUGUUCACAUACAAGGGAAUCGUCUACCCUACUGAUGACACCUUUGAACUUACUCCGGAAUAUCUUGACAGCAUGGAACACUUUGAGAUCAGAGACAGUGACGUUUUCCUUGUCACUUCCCCAAAAUCUGGCACAGUAUGGACCCAGCGCAUUGUUACCUUGCUGUAUGAAGAGGACUUCCCAGACUCUCUGGACAAGACCACAUUUGAGCGCAUGCCCUGGGUGGAGUUUUUAGUUAAAGGUACGGAAUACACCAAACGGCCAUCACCCAGGCUGUUCUGCUCCCAUCUGCAGGAGCACCUGGUCCCCAGAGGCCUGCAGGAGAAGAAGGCCAAAGUCAUCUACGUCACCAGGAACCCCAAAGAUGUCCUAGUUUCUUACUUUCAUUUCACAAAUUUCAUGCUAAAACUGGAGAAACACAAAGACUUGGAUGAAACACUGGAUAAAUUUUUCUCCGGUUGGAUGGUUGGUGGUUGCUGGUUUGACCACGUCAAGGGAUGGUACAACAACAGAGACAAGUACAACAUCCUCUUUCUAAGCUAUGAAGAAAUGAUCAAGGAUCUGAGAUCUGUUGUUGUGAAGAUCAGUGAAUUUGUGGGGAAAAAUAUGUCUGAUGCAGCAAUUGACAAAAUAGUGGAGCGGGUCUCCUUUAAGGAGAUGAAGGUCGAUCCUUUGGCAAACUAUGAAUUCCUGCCGGCUGAUGUCACGGACAAGGAGAAGGUGAAAUUCCUACGCAAAGGUACAAUUGGGGACUGGAAGAACAACCUUACGGUGGCUCAGAGUGAACGCUUCGACAGAGUCUUCCAGGAGAGGAUGAAGGACUUCCCUCUGACUUUUGUCUGGGACAUUAGUGAGCUCCAUGGCUGAUGGCUCUGUUUCAGAUGUCCUCUACAAAAUGUACAGAAUAUACUGUAUAUCUGUGUGGCAUAGUUACCCAUUGUGUCUUCAUUUAGUCACAUUCUUUCAUUUUCAAUAUGGAACGAUAAAUAUUAUGCUAUAAAAUGCAAUAUUCAGCAGUAUGCAUAUGGUGUCAAACCAAUAUAGGCCUGACAGAAGUGUAUUCUACACAGUUGACAUAUUGUUUUAGGGGAGAUUUAAAACAUUUUGAAUUGUCAAAUUCCUUUUUUCCUUUGUUUGAAGCACAUUGCGCACAUUUUAAUGGGGCAUUAUAUUUUGAUUAUAUUUGUCAUAAUGGACGCUUUCUGUGCUGAUUAAAAAAUUGCAUUUCAAUCAUGGAACAAGAAGGAAAUACUCUUGUUGAAAAGACAAGAUAAAUGAAAAU